ACCGUUCAAUUCUCACACCAUUUAUGCUGCAGGUAUCAAACAUCCUACCCCGAGAUCCUGGAUCGGCCCCAUUUCAACAUUCACCCGGAUGAUUUCAUUCGUACACAGCUGCCGUUGUAAUUUUCUCAUUCGAAUGCAGAAUAUUUUAUACAUCAUUAUGGCUACAAUAUUUCCACAGGCAUCAUUAGCCUAAUCCAAACUAGAUUCUAAUUUAUGCUCUUUUUAUUUUGAAGAAAAUCUUACGGUAUCUUACUUCUAUGCACUAUUUAUAUAGAAAAGCAUAAUGCAAUUACUAUCAGGGAGCAUUAUGGCUGAUUUCAUCAUCGCGUAUACCUGAAUUGUAAGAAUACCUGUAAAACAUGUGCCAUUAAUGUCAUCAGAUUUACUCUUAUAAAGCCAUAUGUAUUUAUCUAGCAUUCCUACGGCAUAUGCCAACUGAUAAUUAUAUUUGAUUGGCUUUGUACUUGGUUGUAUAUAUGUGGACUGCAGUUACAACUGAGCCGUGAUUAUAUGUAGGUCGCAAAAAAUUGAACCCUCGAACGUGCGGACGAGUAAUAUGCCCAUUUAUUCGAAGCGUGAUCGUCGAUCAUAAACCGUGUAUCGUGAUGACUGGGAGUUUGUGACGAAAAGUUAUAUGAGCGCAUAAUAAAUCCGUACGUGUUAACAUACUCUAAUGUCACGCUCUCGUUGGUCUUUUUAUGCUACAUUAUCCAACGCACUCAUAAAUAUUGCAUCUAGCAUUUUUAUUAACAUCUUAAUUCGAUGAAUAAAAGUUCAUGCGAAUCGAAGGUAAACAGGUGAUAUUAAAUGUGAGACAUAAUGGUUUCAAUAAUUUAUUCGUACGAUUAAUGUAAGCGUCAUCAGAGUCCCACUACCGACAGAUUGUUACUUUUACAAUAAAUAUUCAAACGAUCGGGAUUUAUUCUCAUAGACGAAAAAUAGAUUUGCGCGAUGUUGCGAUGAUAGAAUAAAAAAUAGAAUCGAACGUGUUUGAAUUCAAUUUUGCCUCACUAAUUCGAUUGGAUAAUAUUUCGUCACGUGCUGACGAAAAGUUUUCUUCCAGUGGGCGCCACUUGAUUCGCGAAUUAAGAGCAGCUCAAGAAUCAUUCCCUUGUAAAUAUGUGAUUGUUGUCAAUGUGAAACGGAUAAAAGCUACGAAUUAUAAUUAAUUUUCAUCAUAUAGGGUAGAGUUAAAAUGUGUGAUUAUGACAAUACUGUGUAGUUGUCUAAGGUCAAUAACUAUGCGUUCAUGAUUGACCUACUUUUUAAUGGAGUUUUGUUUAAUUGUGUAUAUUAACUAUGAUUCUUAAGUGAAUUGCACUGGGAGUUGGUGGCCGAGAAGGUAUCAACCUAUUACUGGUUUUUGCACAAGAAUAUUGUUGUAUAUGGAGCGAAAAAAAGUAGUGGAUAUAAUUAAAUGUAAACUCAAAACCAUAUUGCUUCAAUCAGGAUGUUUCAAUAAGAAGUAGCUGAACCAAGGCUUGGCAUGAUCAAAAGGAAUUUCUUGAUCUAGAGAGGUCUGAUUCUGGUAACUAUACCUCAAAUAUUAACGGCGCCAGUAAAAAAAAUCUUUACCAAAAUGCCACAUGUCACGAGAAAGUGGGAACUCUUUCCUGGAAGAAAUAUAUUCUGCUGUGAUGGACGAGUCAUGAUGGCACCACAGACAAGCGUCUUCUAUGUCACAGUGUGUUUGAUUGCGGGGACCAGUGGAUUGUUUUUUGCAUUUGAUUGCCCUUUCUUGGCAGUCCAUAUUACUCCUGCAAUACCAGUAAUUGGUGGAUUACUGUUUAUAUUUGUGAUGUCAACGCUGUUCCGAACAAGCUUCAGUGAUCCAGGCGUUAUACCCAGAGCAACACCUGACGAAGCAGCCUAUAUAGAAAAGCAAAUUGAAGUUCCAAAUAAUGACAACUCUCCAACAUACAGGCCUCCACCCCGAACGAAAGAAGUUUUAGUUAAAGGCCAACCUGUAAAAUUAAAAUAUUGUUUCACUUGCAAAAUAUUCAGGCCACCUCGAGCAUCGCAUUGUAGUUUAUGCGACAACUGUGUGGAGAGAUUCGAUCACCAUUGCCCUUGGGUUGGGAAUUGUGUAGGGCGGAGGAAUUACAGAUACUUCUAUGCUUUUAUCGUGUCACUAGCAUUUCUUUGUGUUUUUAUAUUCGCCUGUGCUAUCACACAUCUUAUAAUGCUCACAACAAAUGAUAGGCCAUUUUUAGAAGCUGUAAAAUUAUCUCCAGGUAGCGUAGUUGUUGGAGUUAUUUGUUUUUUCUCCGUUUGGAGCGUUUUGGGCCUCGCAGGCUUCCAUACGUACCUGACAACCAGCAAUCAAACUACUAACGAAGAUAUAAAAGGUUCAUUUACGAGUAAACGAGGACAGGAAAGUUUCAACCCAUACAGCCAAGGCAAUGUAUGUGGAAACUGUUUCUACGUUUUGUGUGGACCAGCACCUCCAAGCCUUAUUGAUAGGAGGGGCGUGGUGACUCCAGAAUAUAGAGCGGAGCAAGAGAGGGGUGGGGAUGAAAAUGUUAUCAUCAAUAAUAAAACGUAUGGAACCGUCAAAACUGUACAACCUCAGUUGAAUGGCUUAGGCGUGCUGACAAAUCCAAACAGUGAUGUAUCGGGCUCCAUAAAUAAUUUGGUCACUGGUCAACAUUCACCUUCUCAGGGUCGGCGGAUAGAGUCAAUUAACGGUAGCACUACAAAUAGUGUAAGUCAACUUGUCGCCAACGAAAUUCCAUUAGCGUCACUUAGCAUGACGCCGCUGGAUAUUGAUGAGAUAGCACCAUUGCCCUCGCGACACAAUCUGGCAUCGCUAGACACAUCGGUUAUUCCAUCCGUAGCUGUAACAACGCCUUUAUCUGCAUCUAGACUUAGGUUGUUGCAAGACACUACGAUGAUUGAGUCGGCUCUCGAUUUAGACUCGUUGGAAGAGGCUAGCGUAGGUAGAGGUAGUCAAGCGGGUCUCAUUAAAUUAGGUGCAGUUUAAGUGUAGUAUUAAUUUUAGCAUUAUUAUAUAGUUUUUAAUAAAUAAUUAGAUAACAUGGUAAUUGUUUAGAAGAGGUGAUUGAUACAAAUUCAUCAUUCAGGGAAAGGGAUUCGAUUGCAAUGUCGCAACUUUUUAGUAAUUCCAGUAACAUCGGAAUGGAGAGCUUAAAGAUUGAGACCUUGGGUGUACAGCACUUGUGUGAAACACUUCAUUGUUGAAAUAAUACUUUCUGAAUUUGGUUUGUUUUUUUCACUAUGGAAAAGUGCGUACUCGAUGAACCAUUUCGGUACGACGACCAAUCGUUCUGAGACAAAUCACAUGGUUGUGACACAUUACUAUGCACAAUAUUGACAAAAUUUUUUAUCCGAAUUCUGCAUUUUGUACGUAUAUUAUUGAAUGAAUCUGGUAGUAUAUGAAUCUUCCAAAGUGUUACGAUCAUGUUCAGAUCGAUUUUCAUACGUUAGUUAUAAUAAUUAAAUGUCGUAGAUAGAAAAUUGGGUGAAUUCAGAGCUCGUGCACGUUUGAAAGAUUGGACUCGCACGGAAGAUUGAAAUUGGAUGGCGAAUGACAAUUUUAAUAAAUAACAGCCCUUCUUCACAGUUACCCGUUGUAUGAUUGGGGUCUAGUUGAUCAAAAUCGAUUGGCCUUUUUGAACCAACUUCCGAGAUUGUAUAAUAUUAAAUACCUACUUUAUAACAUUGUUGGUCACAGAAUAAGAGAAUUAGCUACUAAUUGAAAGAAAAGCGAAAUGUUUGUUGAUUUAAGGCUGCGUUAUUUUUUUACGAUAAUUGUGCAAUUUUGUUAUCAAUGCUAGAUAUUUUCGUAAUAGAUAAUGACGUAAAUAUGUUGUGUUUUCAAUGAAACCGCCUUGUUUUCAACGAGCAUUAUAACUUAAUAAGUCAUUAAUAAAAUGCAUAAACGUGAUAUCAUUUAACAUUAGAUAGUUUAAUAUUUCGAGCUUUGCGUUUAGUUACAGAUAGAUUAAGUUCCCAUUGUCAUAUUCCAAGGUUCUGGUAAAGUAUUGUGAUAGAUGUUAACAAUAAUUCACUUGUCAUGACAAUGAAGAAAUAAAUAAAAGUUUAACGCCUGUUAUUAAUAAAAAUAUUUGAUUCACGAUAUUUUAGGGAAUAUAUUUCAAUGGCAACUAUCAUGACAUGAAACAGAUUCACUCAUGGACAAUUUCAAUAUCCUAUCGAAUAAUCAACUGAUUCAUACAGGUAUUAUAAAUUUCCAUAUUCCUACCUAUACAUCUUGGAUGAUCUCUUUUUGUAAAGGAAUUUAUAUAACGACAAAAUAGAUUUUAAGCUACGGUCAUAAUCAAAAUGCACAUUAUCGUACAAUGUAUUUAACCAAUUUCAGGCAGAAAAAUAUAAACAUACAUGUUCUAAUAUGUAUUUUUUUUUUCUAAAAUUGUUUAAGGGCAUUUAAGCACCUUCUUCCUAAGAUAUUUCACGCUCACUUUCUCAUGCCGAUGAUAAUUUAAUGUUCUACGAUAUGAUCGUGUAUUUUUUUGCCUGGGGUUACAAUGUACAGUUGUAAGAGAGCAUCAUCAUGUAAAUAGACAAAUGGUUGAAUCUACGUAAACGCCGGAAUAUUUUGCCAACCAUCACGAGUCAGUAAAAAUACGAUACACGUAUAAAUCGAUUAUAGAAAAAAAAAAAAUAGAGACAGAGAAAAGAAAAAGAAGUUUGAGCAUGCAAUUGCCCACUGCCUACGCUAAAAAUAAUUUGUGUAUGAAGGUUGUACGCAGUUGUUAUAUUUGAGAUAACCGGUAAUACGGAUUGGUUAUCGAUAUGUUUAAAGAUAUAAAAGGAUAUAUAUUAGCAUAAUUGGAAUGAUGAAGGAGCUGUUUUCCUGUACAUAAACUGUGUACAUGACUGUAUAUGUAUAUAUCGUAUAUAUAUGAUACCUAUAAUAUAAUGAAAACAUGCA